ACUGUGUAGCUUUGCCAAUGUGCCAUCCUAGUCCUGCUCGUAACACCACGUUAAAAGGUUCGAGGAUUGACGCAUUCAACCAUGUGUCACCACAACACCCUCCUUCUGGCAAUGUGCGGGCUGGCUCUCACACAAUAUACUGCCUUUCCACCGUGCCAGGAUAUAGAUUCCAGUUGUAGAGAGUCGCAAUGUGGUCAACCAGGUAUAGACUCCCUCUGCAAGAAGACAUGCGGCCUUUGUCCAGAAGGAGAGUGCAGAUCGGGAUAUUUCCAGGAUGGCUUCUCGUGCAGACAAUGCAAGGAUGCUGUCGAUGUACAGUCAGUCGAAUACAAAGGUGCAUGUGGUGUUCCCUGUAGCCAGAGCCACACGUGGGGUGCAGACUGUCUUAAACCAUGUAGUACAGGAUGCAGGAAUCAAACAUGUCACCGGUGGGAAGGGCACUGUCUGCAAAACUGCCUGCCAGGUUACUAUGGACCUACAUGUGAUGUAACUUGUGACACCUGCAGGCGGUGUGGGGACGGUGUUGAGACAUGUGACAAAGAAGGAAGGUGUCUGUGUGGCUGCAAGAGAGGAAAACGAGGAAACAGAUGUGACCAAAACUGUCCAAACUGUGAAAUGUGUUCAGGAAAUAACUGUACAUGUCAAGAAGGAUUUCGGGGUGUGUUGUGCACAGAGACCUGUGUGAACUGUCAGAGUUGUAAUGGGGCCUACUGUACAUGCAAGGAUGGAUUCCAUGGAGAUGGCUGUACCGCUCCCUGUCCCCUGCGCUGCCGCUAUAACGUAUGUGGUCUGGAGGGAGAGUGUACACGGGGAUGUGAGUUCGGGUGGUAUGGACGUUUGUGUGAAAAACAGUGCAAUAACUGUGUCAGAGAAACAUGCUCAAUCAACGGGACAUGUACAUCCGAGUGCAAUAGCGGAUGGUCUGGUGACAAGUGUGACGAAGCCUGCAAUGUCAGCUGUGAGGACGAACUGUGUUAUCGUAACGGAACCUGUGAAAGAUGCAAACCCGGUUUCCAUGGAGACCAAUGCAACAUCCCAUGCAGCAGUCACUGUAGUAACCACAGAUGUGACAGGAGUGGAACUUGUGAAUCUUGCAGAGUUGGAAACUUUGGGGAAAUGUGUGAGCGACAUUGUGGGUCCAACUGUAUGAAUCAUGCCUGUGAACAAAUGUCAGGAAAGUGUAUCCAAGGCUGUACCACAGGCUGGUACGGGGAUACGUGUGAUCUAGAAUGUCCCGACCAAUGUGCCUCAGAGUCCUGCCACAGAGAGACUGGUUCCUGUAAGUCUUGUAUGCAGGGAUUCAAAGGCGAGUCCUGUAAUAUGACCUGUAACACUGCCUGCCUGAAGUCGCAGUGUAACAUGACAGGAGUCUGUAUAAACGGGUGUGAGGACGGGUUUUAUGGAAGCAGAUGUUCUGGAAGAUGCCCCACGAUGUGCAACACAUGUCUGUAUGAUGGUGCCUGCCUUACUUGUGCUGAUGGCUGGACGGGAGAACACUGUAAUGAACAAAGUUCACAUCGUCGCCAGACAUGGAUCUUUUCUGCUGCGGUUGUUGUUUUGGUCUCUCUUGUUAUCAUCAUGGCCGUUUUCCUCCUUAAACGGUACGCAGUGAACGGUUCAGGUGGGAUAUACAUGUCACCUGUACAAAACGAUCUGGAAUCAAGAUCCGAUGACAUCUCGCUGGAAGAGCUUGGUGGGUCACGUGACAGUGAUUACCGACAUUAUGAAAUGAUUCAAUCAUCGGCUGGUACAGAUGAAGAUGACGAUUCGCUUGAUGUAGUUGAAGCUGCAGAUCAGGGACGCUAUGAGACGCUGGGGCCAUCCGAUGACGCCACACGGUACACACAUCUGGUGUCAUUUGUUGAUUAGAUUCAGGCUUGAUUGAAAUACAUUCUGUGUGUGUAUAUGCUGUAUGUAUACCUUUGCACUUUAAAACUUUAAAAAGUAAUUGGUUGCAUGGAUGUGUCGUGUACUGUAUUAUGAUUACAAGAUUUCUCUUUUUAGCGAGCAGAUUACGUUUGUGCAAAGUGUGACACAGCAGUUAGAGCAGUUAGAAAUAUGCUGCUUUGUUUGGUUCGUUACUUGGCGUGUGUGCAGUUAUCUCCCUUACACUGCAUUUGCUUAAACUGCAACUUCCGGUUUCAAUCAAAUAUCCUCCUGGUUUUAGUGUGGCUGGUUUUGGAAUAUCGACUUUCUUUUCUGUUGGCUCCCUCUUGUAUCAUAUACCCUGUGAUAUAUCACUGAACUAUUCAGAAAAUAUAUUUACCUCUCUUUACAACUAUUCACUAUUCUUCAUGUUGUAAGACCUGUACACAACUCAUUAUUCUGUACAAAAUGACACUGGCUUGUCCAAACACGAAGGGCUGUAUAAUCCUUAGUGUUUUGUCAGUUCUUCGUUUAAUCUAAUAAUGUAGUGUCACAUACUGUCAAUUGUUUCAGUAAAUGUAUUGUUACCUGUUACUCACAUGUAAAUAAUUGCGUACUGAUAUUUAUGUUGACCAAUGACAUCCAUGUUGUGGUCCAGGAAAUCCGAAUAAUGUGUAAUUCUGAGUCACCCUGAAUCAGACCUCAGUAUGACUGAGUGUGUGAGUUAGAUUUAACGCCGCUUUGAGCAGUAUUCCAGUUAUAUCACGGCGUGUCAGCUUGAUAUGGGAAGUGAUGCAGGACGUUUACCACUGUGGUGAAACCCCAAGCACGGUAUGGUGCUGACAAACCCGGACACGGGACGAGCCCAGAUUCGAACCAGAUUCUGGCGUGCCCAAGGGACGCAACUCUGCACAGCAUGUAGGAGCUAGUCUGGACUUCCGACCUACGCCUGACAUUAUGCCAUUAUGACUCAGACAUCCAACAGCGUUCUCCUUUUAGUUCUUGUACAGUUAUCUCCCUUACACUGCGCCUCCAAACAGAUGUAGAAUUUUGGUUGUCAAAUGAAUUAUCCUUCAUUUUUGUUUUAUUAUGUGGAAUUCAUCAUGGCUGUUUGUAUAGUAUCAAUAUCGUUUUCUUCGGGCUUCCCUUUAAUCGAAUUCUUUUCAUGAAAUGCUCUGAGGCCACAAAUAUUUUAGAAACUUCGAUGUACCCUUCAUGUUGUUCACAAAUCCAAAUGUUUCAUGAGCUGUUAACGCUCUUCUGUGCAAAAUGACACGGGUUGCCCAAACACCCAUGUUCAAUCCCCAUGUUAUUGUUUAUUGUCGGACUUGGGUAUAUCUGUUCAUUGACCUCUGUACUUAGUAUAUAUGCGCAGCUUAUGUAAAUAAAAUGUCUGUGAAGUCCC